AUGGCCGCAGUACCAGCAACUACUUCCUCUCUUCCCCCUAACCCUACUGUCUAUGUCCGUAAUCUAGAAGAACGCAUCAAGAUCGACCAGCUGAAGGUGGCCUUGGAAGAAAUCUUCUCCGAGUAUGGCAAUAUCGUGGAUAUCGUCGCGAAGACCAACCUGAAGGCUAAAGGCCAGGCGUUCAUUGUCUUUGACAACGUCGAAUCCGCGACCCGCGCAAUCGAGGAGGUCAACGGGUUUGAGCUUUUUGACAAGCCGAUGGUCCUCGACUAUGCGAAAACGAGGAGCGAUGCAACCGUUCUGCGAGACGGCGGGACAGAAGAGCUUGAGGUCCAUAAGCGGAGGCGGUUAGCAGAGAAGGAGCGCAAACAAGCCCACGAAGCUCUGGAAGCUCAGAAGAAGCUCAAGCGUCCCCCUGGCCCUGCCGACACAGCGCGUCCAGCCAAGGCAGCCAAGGGCGCGGGCCUCAAACCGACCAGCGGUGCAGCGGCAGCAGUUAUCCCCGACGAGUACCUUCCUCCCAACAAGAUUCUUUUCCUGCGGGACUUGCCCGACACCGCCGACCAAGAGAGCCUUACCGCUAUAUUUGGUCGGUUCGAAGGAUUCCAGGAAGUCAGAUUGGUUCCUGGCCGAAAAGGAAUAGCCUUCGUCGAGUACGAGAACGAGUCUGGUGCUAUCAGCGCGAAGGAGGCUACGGCGAACAUGCCUAUGGGGGACAACGGCAAGCCUAUCCGCGUCACCUACCAAAGACAGUGA